AUGAAUUCCGGGUGGUUAGCUUGGGAGUGUAUAGUGUUCGGUAUAUUCGUGUGUGCAUCAUCCUGUGCUCCUCUGUGGAGGAGGAGGAAGGAUGCAGCAGCUGGUGGCAGUGCCAAGCAAGCGUAUAUCUUCGCUGGAGGCGGUGUCUCUACCCUGGCUAUGAUAUUAUCGGUGGCUAGAGGGACGCUCGGAGUGAGAUCGUUUUUAGGGUUUCCAUCUGAAUUGGUCUACUAUGGCUCUGCGAUGUGGGAGACAUUAUACGGCAUUAUCCUCGCCUUUCCCAUCGUCUGCUGGGUCUUCGUACCGGUCUACUAUAGGCUACAUACCAACUCCGUGUAUGAAUAUUUACAAAUGCGAUUCGGCUCCCGAUGGGUACGACGCAUGGCAGCUGCAACCUUCCUUCUACGACAAGUCCUAAAUCUAUCAGUGACAGUGUACACUCCUACUGUGGCUCUUCACGCUGUACUGGCACUACCGCAUUGGGCAUCAGCUGCUGCAUUGACUAUCGUGGGCAUUGUGUUCAACUUGCUUGGAGGAUUGGCUGCUGCUAUCAGAGCUGACGUGAUACAAACUUUGACAAUGAUACUGGUGAGCGGUGCCUUCAUCAUUCAAGCAACAAUCACAGCUGGUGGUCCACAACAAGUGGUCAGCGACAACAUCGAGGGUGGAAGACUGAAGUUUUUCCAAUUUACAGGCGACCCAACCGUCCGUGUCGACACGCUCUCAGCGAUCAUUGGCCAGCUCUUCAUGUCAGUAUCCAUCUACGGCUGCCAACAAACCUUCGUCCAGCGCUACUGUUCCAUGUCUAGUGAAGCCAGAGUCAGAAAGACCCUUUUCGCCAACGUUCCAGCUGUAGCUAUCCUCUUCAGUCUCUCCUGGGUCGUUGGCAUGACUUUGUAUGCUAUGUACAAGUACUGUGACCCUCUUUCGUCUGGAAAGAUCGCAGCUCCUGAUGAAGUUUUGCCUUUCUACGUCCAAGACCAGUUUGGUUUCUUACCUGGAAUGCUUGGAUUGUUUUUGGGCAGUCUAUUUAAUGGCGCAUUGAGUUUCCUGGUAUCAAACGUGAACUCUCUAUCGACGGUGACUUGGGAAGAUUUUGUGUCCUUCGCACCGGCUUUCAAGGGCAUCAGUGAUAAACAACAGCUGACUGUUAUCAAAAUCAUUGGAGUUAUUUAUGCUCUCAUCAUCAUGUGCCUAUCUCUAUGCGUCGGCAUUGUGGGAGGAGUCGUGGAAGGAUCACAGCUAGUCACAUCAGCUACCUCAGGAGCCUUAUUAGGAGUUUUUAUAUUAGCGGCACUUUGUCCUGUUGCCAAUGGGAAAGGAGCUUUAUGGGGCAUGAUCGGAUCCCAUAUAGUAACUACUUGGAUGGCAGCUUGCAGGCUUCUGUAUGUCGAUAAAGGAGUCGCCAUGUUGCCUAUGUCUACUGAGCAAUGUCCCAAUGCAACUCUAUCGACACUGAGCCACCAAGCUUUGCCUGUUGAAGUGAACGUAACGCUAGCACAUCUUGCACCACUACUGCAGUCUAUCAACAUGACUCAUCCUAUACCCACUGAAUCUCCUAUAUUAACAGGGCUGCAAAAAUUCUACUCAAUAUCCUACAUGUGGUACGCCGUCAUUGGUACCUUAAUCUGUGUAACACUAGGCAAUAUUAUCGGCCUGCUAACAGGCAGUGAAAAGGACGCUUUUGAUGAACGUCUACUGCACCCAGUGGUAGCACAAAUAGCGAAAAAGCUUCCAGGACCCAAGAGGUUUUACAGCACAGAGAAACCAGCAAUUCCUGAUGAAAAAGAAGGAGAAAAGGACUCUUCUGAGAAGACAGAAGAAACCGUAACUGAUAUGACACCAAAUGAACCAGUAGAUCAGAAACCAGGAGUCUUUGUGACCACUGGAAGUCGAUUAUUUGAUGUAUAUGAUGUAAGAAGAUCUCCUACACCAUCACUUGUAAGAACACGAUUGUGA